AUGGAGACUUCAGAGAAGAAAGAGUUGCAGCAAGAACAACUUGACCAACAUGUUGGCCAAGUCAGUGAAACAAGCAAUGAUGCCGAACGCAAAGUCCUUUCGAAGUUUGACAUGUUCGUCAUGCCUCAGAUGUCGCUUUUAGUUCUAUUCGCCUACCUUGAUCGGACAAACAUAGGAAACGCCCGCGUCUUUGGCUUCGAGGAGGACACAGGAAUGCAUGGGACACAGUUCAACGACGUAUCGAUGUACUUCUACAUCUCGUACGUCAUCUUCGAAACACCCUGGGUUCUAGCUGUGAAAAAGUUCGGCCCCGGUCGCGUUCUCGCCAUAGCCAUCGUGAGCUGGAGUGCCAUCACCAUGGGCACCGGUUUCGUAAACAGCUAUGCCGAAGUCGUCGCAUUGAGAGUCCUUUUGGGUUUCUUUGAAGCCGGACUGUUUCCUUCUCUCAUGUUUGUCGUCUCGCAAAUCUACCCUCCAGCUUCCCAAGGUAAGCGCAUGGCCGUGCUCUACGUGUCGAUUGCGCUUUCGGGGGCGUUGGGAGGAUUGAUUGCGUAUGGAAUUCAGAGCAUGGGCACGAGGCACGGAUUUUCUGCAUGGCGGUGGCUCUUCAUCAUUGAAGGUGCUAUAUCGCUUGUCAUCGGAGCGAUAUGUUGGUUGAGUCUGCCUUCGUCCCCAGAGACGGCCUGGUUUUUGAAUGCUGAAGAGAAAGAAACCAUGAACAUUAUCAAAGAGCGUAACAACCCGUUCAAGGAAACUGAAGAGUUUUCUUGGAAGCAGGUGGGUAUGGCAGUUACUGACCCUCUCAUCUGGCUUGCGUCGGUUGCAUUGUUUUGCUCUUCCAUUGCACUCUUUGGUUUCGGAACUUUCUUGCCUACUCUUUUGAGGGGCCUUGAUUACUCCUCUCUUCAGGCCAACUACUUGAGUAUUCCGGUCUACGUUUUGGCGUCAAUCUUCACUGGAGUCACUACCUACGUUUCCGAUCGUCUCAAUCGCCGAGCAAUAUGCCUUAUUCAUUCUCCGCUGUUAGUCGUUGCUGGGUAUGCAGUAGUCGUCGGUACCGGACACAAGGGCUUGGGUUUCUUUGCCAUGUUCUUGGUCGGCAGUGGAGUUUACUCGUUCAAUACACUUGUGGUAACUUGGAUAUCCAAUAAUGUGCAGCCAGAUUACAAACGCUCUGUUGCGAUUGCUACCAUCAUAUCAAUCGGAAACGCGUCUGGCAUGGCUGCAUCGCAGAUUUACCCCAUUCAAGACGCUCCUCGCUAUGUGAAAGGAAAUGCCAUCUCUUUGGGAGGCGAACUCAUUGCACUGGUCUGUGUCGGGCUUAUAUAUGUUCUUCUCAAAUAUCGCAUGAGUCAGAAAGCGAAAUUGCUAGCGAUGGGUAAAGACAGCAACGGGAAGGAGGAUGACCGGAGUUUGGACUUUGAAUAUGUCUUUUGA